CCCGCCGCGCCGGGAGCAUGGCCGGCUUCGCCGACCUGAACCUGCCGCAGGGAGCGGACAAGAAGUCCCUGCAGAGCCUGCUGGAGGCCGCGGCGCACCUGGGAUAUUCUGUAGUUGCACUUAAUCAUGUCAUUGACUUUAAAGAAAAGAAACAGGAAAUCAUGAAGCCAGUAUCCCCUUCAGAGUUGUUUCCAUCUUUACCUAUUGUACAAGGGACAUCUAAAAGAAUUAAAGUCUUGACCAGGCUAACACUUGUUGUUUCUGAUCCUUCCCACUGUAAUCUCUUGAGAUCAACAUCUGCAAACAUAAGGUUAUAUGACAUCAUAGCAGUAUUUCCAAAAACUGAGAAACUGUUCCAUAUUGCUUGCACAACACUAGAUGUGGAUCUGGUCUGCAUAAAUGUAACAGAAAAGCUGCCAUUCUACUUCCGAAGGCCCCCUGUGAAUAUGGCAAUAGAUCGAGGCAUCUACUUUGAACUUCUUUACACACCUGCCAUCAAAGACUCUACUAUGAGAAGAUACACAAUUUCAAAUGCCAUCAGCCUGAUGCAGAUCUGCAAAGGAAAGAACAUAGUUAUAUCUAGUGCAGCUGAAAGGCCUCUGGAGCUCCGAGGUCCUUAUGAUGUGGCUAAUCUAGGUUUGCUGUUUGGCCUGUCAGAAGGUGAAGCAAAGGCAGCUGUGUCCACCAACUGCAGAGCCACCAUGCUGCAUGGAGAAACUCGAAAGAGUGCCUGUGGCGUGGUGUACACAGUGAAGAAGCCUCGCAAGGUUGAGGAGGAAGAAACAGCAGUGCCAGCCUGCAAAAAAGCUAAGACUCAAGCUUGAGGACUGAACAAGUUGUCAACAGAAGCCUCCAUCUUGUCUUUACCCAGUGUUGAGUCUUCCUCCAGCCAACCUAAUUUUUCCCCUUACUACCUUGCUCAGCCGGCAGAAGAAUUAUUCUUCCAGCAUUCAAGUGAGAAAAACUGUGUGAAUGAGACUGCUGAAUAGUAUUCACCACAUCUGAAAGGUCAUGCUGGGCUUCUGGCCAAGGGCAGGAGACUGACUCUUCACCCUCCCUUAGGUGUCCUGGAGUUAAUGCAAACUCAACAGAACAUUUCUAACGUGGAAGUUUUUACUUGUACACGUGCAUUCCUUUUUUAUUAAAAACAUGUCUAAGAACACA